AUGACUUCGGCAGUGGGACCCAACCCUGCACCUGUCGGACCCGGUGGCUUUCGCCUCGACCCGUCCAACGAAAACAAUAGAGAGUUCCCCAUGGCCAACCAUGGUGCUGGCCAUGGAGGCCCUCCCCAUGGAGCCGCACCACUUCCACAUGUAGACGAUAUAACCGUCGUACCGAAAGACAUUGACCCCAACCAAUCGAUGAAGAAACUACUCGAGAUUGCAGAAGUGUCAUUGCGUUCAGCAGAAGUGAGCCGAAGUUUUGGGCGCCCUGCGAACGCUUUGAGGGACUACGUGAAGGCAUAUUACAUCGUUGUCGUCACCGUUAAGAAGCACAGCGACUACCACGCUUUACACAGUGGCCGGAGCGAGCUGAAUCGACAGCACACGUCAUUAUUGAGGAAAAUCGACCAACUACACCCUGAGUAUGAGAGGAUAAAGCAGGAUAUCAAAGCGGACAAUUCGAGGACUGGGGUUCAACCAGCUUCCAGACAGGGAACGCUUUCAAGGUCAUCUGCCGACAUACCCUCAGGAUCGAGGCCGGCACCGAACCACAAUACAGCAGUCAACGGAGGCCAAGCCAAGGCCAAGCCCGUUGUUCACCCAAAACCUCAGGCACUUCAUGGGAAUGUGAUCAACGGCUCUCACAGCAAAUCCCAGUCGGUCUCUUCAAUCAACCAAGACAGUCUAGCAGCGCGUUUCUCUGCUCUCAGAGGCCCUUCGGCAUCUCCCGGACAGGACCCGCGCAUCAAGACUCAUCCCAUCCAGGCACCACAACCGCCAAAGCCAGCCGGCCCCCGCGAAAUGCCCAUCAGCCCAAAGGUGAAUGCAAGCAUCGGUGCAAUGCCAUCUUUUCCCAAGAUGCCAGCUGCAAUAUAUAGUCCGGUGAGAGGAAAUAUGUCUGAAGAAACAGCCAGACUACCGACAAGCACCCCCCGAGGCUUCAGCCGGACGAAUUCAGCCAGCAGUACCCCAAGCACAACACCGCAACCACCCAGCAAAGAUUACUUCUCUCCAACCUUUACACAUGCCUUCACUUCAGAUCCUCCUGCAUUAACCCGAACAUCCACGGGUGUUUCUUCGGCAAUGUCUUCCCCAAGGCGCUCGCUAGAUGUGGCGCCAGGGGAAUUAAUCACAGCUCAGGAGCUAUUUCAGUUCAUGAAGGUCAAGGGAUCUCUCCUGAUUAUUGAUAUUCGCAGCCGGCAGGAGUUUGACGACGGCCAUAUUAUGACAACAUCCAUUAUUUGUAUUGAACCUGAUAUCCUGGCGCGGGAGAACAUCACCUGCGAUGAUAUUUCCGAAAGCCUUGUGCUCUCGCCAAAUCAUGAGAAGCAGAUGUUCGACAAGCGACAUGAGUUUGAUCUUGUUGUCAUCUAUGAUGAAAGCUCGAGACGACUGCCAUCCCCACCACGGAGCGCGGAGGAUAUGGCCAUCAUGUCACUCCACCGCGCUCUUGUGCACUUGAGCUAUGGAAAGGAGCUUAGACAGGCCCCAAAACUCCUCAAAGGAGGCAUCGAUUCUUGGGUGGAUCUUCUGGGACCUUCUUCACUUCAAUACACUUCAGAAUCAAGCUCCAACACUGCUCGUCUUAUUCACGAAAGAGGCGGGUCGCUAAGCCGCAGGAAAUCCAAGUACUUGGUAAAGCCAAUGAAGCCUGAUGAUGUCAAGGCGUGGCAAGAAACUCUGGAGAACGAUAAUUUGCAGACAGCAUCCUCUCCAAGCCUUUAUCGUUCCACUGAAGAAUUCAUGCGGCGGUUCCCAGCCGUCUCCUUGGAGCAGGAAUCCAUGACGGCGCCGGUUGCGAGGGUUGAGCAGCCUAGCUAUCCUGAACCGCCAACUAGGCCGCCCCCUCCGAUACCAAACAGAGCAAAUCAAUUUGGCGAUCUUCCUGCUCCUCCUACGCGGCCCGCACCCGCAAUACCGCGACCCAGUCAUAGUGGACUGGCGAUCGGGUCUGCUGGUAAUAAUAAUAACACUCGCCAGGAGGUCGUCGAGCAGCCCACUCCUGAUAACUUCAGACAUUACACUGGUUUGAGCAAUCCCCACAACUGGUGUUAUGCAAACAGUGUUCUUCAGGCUCUCUUGGCAUCCGAGUCAGGAAAGGAGCUUCUCAACUCGGAGUGGAAGCAAAAGUAUCACGUCCCGAAGAAGAAGAAUGAGAAAAGUGAGCAGCCGCAACUCAUGAUGCAAAUUCUGUCCAAUCUCUUCCAUUGGAUGUCAGCUGGCAACUUCAAAGCUAUGAAGGCAGGGACUUUGAUGAAUUAUUCGCGACAUGUCAGUAACCAAGCCCGAUCGGAUGAGGUGUUUGGUGAUCAUAAACAACACGACGCCCAGGAAUUUAUGUCUUUCGUUCUCACCCAUCUGGAUGACGAGACAAACGUCUAUCGUGAUCGAGAGGGAUAUCCUGCCGCGCCAAAAACAUCAGGCCAGCUGCUAUUGCAAGCCGCCGUCCAGUAUUGGAAUAACCACCUGUCAUACAGCUCAUCCCUGGUUGACAAAUACUGGCGUACCAUUGAACUCUCUACCGUAAUGUGCCACUCAUGCCAGACGAGAACUUACUCUUGGAACACAGUUGAUAGCAUCAACUGCAGUGUUGGCCAGGGAGACACAACUCUCGAGAAAAUCCUCAGCUCACACACUCAAGGCAACGAUCUUGAUGACUAUCGUUGCGACACCUGUCACGCCAAUAGAAGAGCAACCCAGUCUUUCUCGUAUCCCCGGAUGCCUUCUGUACUAUGUAUCGUUCUCAAGCGGUUCGGGCACGACGGGUAUGGCGCCACCAAGUCAUUGGCAAAUAUCACCUGGGAUCUGAAUGACCUCGAUAUGGCCCCCUACUUCCUCCAUCCUUCAGAUUGCGAAUACGACGGCUACAUUGAGGAUAAAGCCUUCACCGCCCCCUUCCGCUAUGAGUGCUAUGCCGUCGUGGAGCACACGGGAGGGAGUGCCCAGUCUGGUCACUACACAGCGUUCGUUCGGGAUCCCCGCACACAUGAUCCCUCGGCGUGGCUAUACUGCAACGACGCAUACGUCGACAAGGUCCGUAUGGACAACCCGAACGAGAAGCGACGGCUGUUCAAAGAUGGCAACCGCGUGCCAUACAUUGCCUUCUUCAGGAGAAAGGGUGGCUCCUAA